GCAACUCGUAUGUAUGUGUACGUCCCACAGUUAGAAAGGGACCUUUUAAAAGUUUUUAAAAUCAUUCAAAACUUUGAUGCAUUUGUGCUUUAUGAAAGGCAAGACCAGGUUUUAACAUGAAUCAGUCAGGAAAGUAAACAUUAAACGAAUUCUGUAUGAUUUACAUAAAAAAAAAUUAACGUGUAGCAGUGCUGUUACAGAGCUAAUCUCACAUCCUGUUUGAUGACAUUAGCAACCUAUUCAAGUGCUUCUGUUUUUGCCAGUAAAAAACGACAUAUUUGAGUGUGAAUGAUGGUUCUCUGUGCACUGAGACGACAUCUCCUGAGGGGCAGUGGUAAUGGUGGAGCCUGGGCCAGGCUGCUGCAGAGACAGAGCAGUGGCUGUGUUUACUCCAGCAUCCAUGACUUCAACCCGGAGGAGAUUAGAGAGAAGCUGCAGGCCUUUGCUGGAGGCUCCAUCGAUCUGCUCAAACAGGAGUCUGGCAUCGCUGUACUGACCGUCAACAACCCCUCCCGCAUGAAUGCCUUCUCCGGCAGUAUGAUGGUAGAUCUGGAGGAGAAGGUGAGCCAACUGGAGAACUGGACAGAAGGCAAAGGCCUCAUUGUCCAGGGUGCUGCUGGAACUUUCUGCUCUGGGUCGGACCUCAACGCUGUCAGAGCAAUAUCUAACCCACAGGAUGGGAUGAAGAUGUGUAUGUUCAUGCAGAAUACUCUCACAAGACUACUAAGGCUGCCUUUGAUCUCUGUUGCUCUGGUGGAGGGGAGAGCGCUGGGAGGAGGCGCAGAACUUACCACUGCCUGCGAUUUCAGAUUAAUGGCCUCUGGCAGCGUGAUCCAGUUUGUCCACAAACACAUGGGUCUGGUUCCAGGCUGGGGCGGUGCCGCACGACUUGUCCGCAUUAUCGGAAGCCAGAAUUCACUCAAGUUGCUCGGCGGCGCUCUAAAAGUAGACCCUGAUUUUGGGCUACAGAUUGGACUGGCAGAUGGAGUCAUGGAGGUCCCUCAGGUAGAGGAAGACGCAGGGACUCUCCUACAGCAGGCUGAAAACUGGCUCAGUCACUAUACAAAAGGGCCUGCCCCAGUGAUCCAGGCUGUGAAGAAGGUAGUGUUGUCGGGGAGAGAGCUCCCUCUGUCAGAGGCUCUGAGGACUGAGAAGGAUGUAUUUGGCACAGUGUGGGGUGGUCCGGCUAACCUGCAGGCACUGGCCAGCAAAUCCAAACAUAAAUGAGCUGAUCAAAGUUUUCCCAAAGUGUCUGUCUUGUGUUUUUAGAUCUGAGAAUCUCAGAUCAGCAAAGAAUCAUUUUUAAAAACCCUGUACAGGUCAAAUUUGUGUAGAAGGUGUCGUUCGGAGAGGUGCUACACCACCUUUGACAUUACUGAACUGAUUGUGAUAAAUCCAGUGUUUUUUGCCUCCACUAAUGAGACAUUGCUCAUUAUCACAUACUUUAAUAGCUGUUUGGUGUCUCUCGAUGUGACAUUAUGCCUGCAGUAUAGGGACUUUAAACAGGAAAACAAAAUUAUAAUGGAUUUAUAAUAUAUAUGAAGAAUGUGAUCAAGAGGACGCUGAGGUGCCCCCAAGUGGAAUAGGUGGCACCUGGAAGCUGCCUAUUCCACCAUAAAUAUUAACCCCAUAAAUAAAAACUCCCCUGUAUCUUUGGGGAUCAUAUUUUAGAAA